AUGAGUGGGAAAUUGGAAGAUAUCGGGGAACUCGUUUUAUUGAUAGGAGAUUUUCAUUCUCCUAUUCGUAAUUUAGGACUUCCUGAUUGUUUUAAAGAACUUUUAAAGACAGAUAAAAUAAAACAUGUUUUAUGUACAGGAAAUGUAGGAUGUAAUGAAAAUUUGGAAUUACUUAAAAAUAUUGCUGACUCAGUACAUAUAACAAAAGGUGAUAUGGAUGACAAUUUUGAUUUCCCAGAAGAUAUUACAUUAUGUAUAGGAGAUUUUAAAAUCUCUUUAAUUCAUGGUCAUCAAAUUAUUCCAUGGGGAGAUAUGAAUGCUCUUUUACAAUGGCAAAAAAAAUAUGAUAGUGAUAUUAUUAUAAGUGGACAUACACAUAAAAAUUCUGUUGUUCAAUAUGAGGGCAAAUAUUUUAUUAACCCUGGUUCAGUUACAGGAGCUUUUCAACCAUGGGUAUCUGAACCUACUCCAACUUUUAUAUUAAUGGCUGUUGCUAAAAGUAGUAUUGUUUUAUAUGUAUAUGAAGAAAAAAAUGGAAAAACAAAUGUGGAAAUGAGUGAACUACAUAAAUGA